GCUCUUUCUCUCUCUCUUGCUCUCGCUCUUUCUCUCUGCCUUCCGAAUUAUCAUACACACGCGCACACACGGAGAUGCAAACAGGCACCUAUAUCUUCGGUUUUCUCCAAGAUUAACAAUCGCAGCCCAUCGUGCGACACUCAGUGUCCAUCGUAAGGAAGGAAAUAAGAAGCUGCAGAUCAACGCUCAAAUCGGUUGUCACGUAUAACGAGCUAAGGAGCGACGCUUAUGAUUUUGUAUUUCACAAUACCUUGAGCGCAUCAAUUGCAGAUGUACCGUUUAUUUCAUCUUAUUUAACUACUGGGUCCCUGUAUACAACUUCUUAACUGUCGACAGUCCAGAAACAUGCCACAGAUCUGGCGGUCAAGCUUUACAUAAGAGCGACAUCUUUCUGGUUUUCAUUUCUUCGAUCUGUUUCGGAAGAGUGACUUUUAAUACCCGAUGUGACAUUUUCACCUUUUUAUUCGUGGGGAAUGAUGUGGAGCUUUCACGACUGUGUUGGAUUUCUUUUCUUUGCCAGUUUCUGCAUUCAGCUUGUAUUUUCUUCGCAUGCAAAGUUUACUGAACUGCCUACAAAUGUGACAGCUAAAGAAGGCCAAAACGUGGAGAUGUCAUGCGCUUUCCAAAGUGGAUUGUCAUCUGUCUAUCUGGAGAUUCAGUGGUGGUUUAUAAGAAUUCCUGAUGAGCAAAAUAACAGUGAAGAGGUUACUGGGACUCAGGUGGAAGUUUUACCAGAAAGAGAUCCAGAUGAUGAUGGAACUAAAAUAAGUACAGUAAAGGUACAAGGAAAUGAUAUCUCCCACAAGCUACAAAUAUCCAAAGUGGAGAAAGAUGAUGAAGGUCUUUAUGAAUGCAGGGUCACGGAUGCCAACUAUGGAGAUCUCCGGGAAUACAAAGCUCAGGCUUACUUGAAAGUAAAUGCCAGCAGUUAUUCACGAAACAUGCAAGCAUUGGAAUCCUCACCAUUACACCUUCAAGAUGGAAAAUCACGCAGGAGUAACACAGCUGCUGUGGCCAAUACUGGGGUGAGUUCAGAUAACCAGCGACUUCAUGCAACCUCCAGUUCUCAUACUACAGCAUCCAAAAUUCUCAAACACAGCCCUGGUUCAGCAAAGAGAAAAUUGCCUGCUAUUUCCACGGAGCGGACAGCACAGUUGGCCCUAACUUCCAACCACCACUCUGCACCCAAUGUAUUCUAAUAAUCUACACAAGAAGCACCUUUUUCAAGUAAAAUGAAGAAGAGAACCUCUUGUACUGAUCAUAAAUUCAUGACAAUUGAGAACUGCUGUUGUCUACUUAAUAUAUUAUUGUCUUUUCACCAAGAUUUUUGUUUUUUCAAUAUUUUAUAGCCAUUGUGUCACUUUGUGGAGUUUAAAAAUGACCUUUGUGUAUUAUAUAUUUAAAUGUGUUUUUUUUUUGGGCAAUGUAUUUUCUUUAAAGACAACCUAAAAUGUAUUGCUUCCACAUGCUAUACAUGUAUCUGUAAAAGGGAAAAAAUGUUUGCAUUUGUCUCUGAUAUAUACACAGACAUAUAUAUAUAUAUAUAUAUAUAUAUAUAUAUAUAAAUAUAUGGUACAUAUAUAUGUGUAUGUUGUUAUCCUAAAGCAGUUAAAAAGCUGAUGCUUUAUUGUAGGAUCUUUUGUAUUAAAUGUUCUGCAAAACAAUUCUUGGUCCUUGUCAUUGCAGAAAUAUUCUGUAUUAAUAAAGAAAAUAGCACAUAAUUCUUUGUUUCAAUAACUACAUGAUUAUAAUAAAGAUUACACUUUUAUCUGUUUUGGUUGUUGAAAUCAAUUAAAGAUUUAUGUAAAAACUGUUUAAAAAUGGAAAUGUUGUUUUAGAAAAUGAAAACUUUACAAAUUAACAAAACCAAAUGUUAUAUUUUUUAGAAUAUAUGAACUACAAAACAUGCUAAAUGAAACCAUGUCAGUUUUAAUUGACUUAAAAUUUCAGUGAAGAACAGGAUUCAAUGAUAAAGAGUAAAUUCAAUAAUCAUAAAAGACAACUACUGUAUACCUAAGGAUUUUAUGCCACACACCAUUGAAAUAUACAACACUUGGAUCUUUCGUAACUUUUCAUUAACUACUGUGGAUAUCUAUAUGUACUAGAGUAUUAGAAAAAUGCCAUGGUAAAGCAGACGCUACCACCUGAGAAAAUGUAGGCUCAAGUUACUUCAGACAAUUUAAGUGCAGAAUAUAUUUUUGAAAUUACUUUCAAUCAUUUAUACAAUGCAUAACAUUAAUAAAUUAUGAUUUAAAACCACUUACAAUUAUUUAAAAUUGCAGUACAGGAAUUAACUUUAUUGUCACUAAUUGGAGACAUUCUAUUGACAAACAUGACAAUAUUUAAAACAGAGGGCAUGUAAAAAUCAUAUAAAUAGAGGACAUGCCAGCUACAGGAGUGUCAACAAUAAGUCAAACACAAAAGAAAUUUCCUAUAACAAUAAAUAUCAGAAAUGAAGAAGAACAGACUGUCUAUCAAUGUUAAUUGUUAAAAUUGCAUUUGAAAAAAAAAAACAUUUUUAGUGCAAGGAUUUAAAUUUUUACUACAGGAGCAUACAUUGUGGUCAAUUUAUACAUUUAGACGCCAUGGAUACAUCGAGUGUUGACUUUCCUCUACCUUGUUAUUAAAUUACUUUUGUAAAAAAAGUUUCUACCAAAAUACUAGGUCAUAAAUAUUACUAUAUCUUCAGAAACCUUUUCAUUACAGAUUUGUUUUGAUUAUUGUUAACUUUUCCUUUUCUUGUCUCCAUAUGAACCUCCAACUAAUUAAUACUACAUUACUGUACAAGGUUUAGAGUCUUACAUUUUACGAGUGAAUGCUGUUAGAAGUAUUUCCAAAAUCAACAUUUAGAAUUUUUUUUAUUGCAAUCUUCUUUUUGAAAUAUUUAUUUUAUGUAACAUAAAAGUGUAUUCUUCUACAUAUUACUUUUAACACGGUACUGAUAAGACCUUAAGGAAUGUCUCCUGUGAAAUAGAACUCUUUUUGCAGAUUUCCAUCAAAAUGUUGUCCACUGGUAUCAGCUCAAACAGAUGAAAAUCAAUAAAAUAAAUACUAAUACUUUUUUUCUACUGUUUUAAACAUUCAUGAACAGGUGGUCGCUAGUCUGUCUUUAUUUAAAAAAAAAAUAAAAUACAUUUGCGAUAGCACAAGUAA